AUGGUUUUUUAUUAUCUUUUUCAUAAUAAAAUUAAAAUUGACCUAUUAUUUGAUUUAUUUAAAUAUAUCAUCGUCACCAUUUUUAUAUUCACCACCAAAAUAAUAAUCUUUCUUUCUUGGUUGAGAAACAACAUGAACCAAAAAACCAAUGGCGAGUUAUGA